UCUUUCUGAAAUGGUGUAAGAGUUUUUAACAAAUAAGGACACUUGCUUCUAGUAAGUUCCAUAUAACAGCUGAUAAAUACAUUUUCGAGUGCGGACGGUACAUGUGUGACUUUUUAAAACAAUGAAUUACUAGUAUGUCUUUAAAAGUAUCCACAAGACAAUAUAUGUUUAUUAAGUUUAGGAAGAUACAUGGUGAAGACAAAACAUACAUUGUUCUGUUUUCGUUUUUUUACAUUCAUUCUUGUAAUAUGCGUUUACUGUAUUGAAUCGAAACAAAAUUCACUUUAAAUAAAGAUAAAAACCUCCACCUUAUUUUCUUUUCAAUGGUUCAUUUUUUUUUAAAGAUUACAUGUAUUGGAACAUAUCCAAAUUUAACUAAACGAUACAAAUAUUAAUGUAAAAUAAACGUUACAUCUACAUAGACCUAGAUGUAUACUUAUCAUUUACAAAAUAUUUGUUUGUGAGAAAUCGAUACCUCAUUGCAUUUUUUGUUAAUUGACUCCGUUAACAAAGAAUGACAAACUUAUCUUGACAAAAGACACAUUACAACUAAAAAGGUAACUGAAUAGGCGAGCGAAGUAUGGCGUCAACAACCAGGGGAGAGGAGCCAAAAAAGUUAUCAAUCCAAGGGCAUUCUGUACCACAACCCGAAGAAAAUACAUUUGAGGACAGGUUUGGAUCUUUUGUUGGAUCUGAGGAUGAAUCAGAUACAAUUCAGCAUUCUUUGAUCGAGCAAAUAGUCAACAUGAACUUGGGACUUGAAAAACAAAUAGAAACAUUGCGCUUGAGACUUGACUUUGGAAGAAAGCAUCACCAUGCUGCAAAUGAAUCUGAAAAACUUUCUAUGGAAUCCGAAAUUAAAGCAAAGACAAUCAAAAUUGAUGCUCUGAAAACAGAGCUGAAUAAUAAGGAAAGUUCUUUGUCACAGUUAGAAGAAGACAAUGACGAUAAACGGAACAAAUUGGCUGAAAUUCAGACUCAGAUCAGCGAAAUGAAGCAGAAUGUUGACUCUGCAACCACGUGGAUUACGGAAAUUCAGAAAGAAAUAGUUAACCUGGAAUCAGAAAACAGGCAGUUGGUGUCUGGUGAGGCGUUUGAGAAAGCAAAAAGAGACAUUGCCACUUUAAAAAACGAAAUUUACACUUUUCAACAAAACAUAAAAGUAAUGUCGAAAGAACUAAAUCGAGCGCGAGAAGUUGUUGUUUCCCAGGGAAACAGUAUGAAAAUUCUUGAAACAGACAAACUUAAUAUACAGGUUAAGUUCAAGGAAGAUUUACAACGAAUAACAAUGUCUGUGCGAUUUGAGAUAGAGCGCAUGCGUGAUAUUAUGCAAAACCAGUGGAGCGAGAUGAAAUAUCUCCGAGAGCAGAACCAAACUGUGCGACAAGAUGUAAAGGAAAUCAGAAAUUUGUUGUUACUUGCGCAAGCUCAACCAGAUUCUAGCCGUCUUACAAAGAGACAAACUGAAUCAACUUUGUCAUCGUUUCCACCAAGCCGAAAUCCAACCCGAAAGCCAUCCCACCCUCCUCUGCCGUCAUUGUCGCCAAAACGAACUUUCGUUCAGAGAAAAUGACUCUUAUAUCUUAUAUUGUCUGCAGUUAAAGUCCUUUUUUAAGUUCAUCACUUGGCAUCUAGUAGUAUCAAAUGACUGGAACAGCUUAGGUAAAUGAGUCCUCAGAAGAACAUUUUCUUAUUUGUUUUAGAAUUUGAUAACAAACACGAGAUCGCUGAAUUUCAUUUGAUGAUACUGAACAUUACAGAAAAAAGUCUUUCAUAUAGUUUGAAUAAAGAUAUUUUAGUGUAGAUUACA